GAAUUUCUUUCACACCCAGGGCUUUGGAGGGGUCAGAGAGAGCACUCCAUGCACUGAAGCGUAACGCUGAUGCUCUCCUGCUGCUCUGUGAGGAUGUCGCUGUUUGCCAUGGGUUUUCUGCUAGUCAUCCUUGAGCCGUCCACCGGGCAGUUCCCCAGAGCCUGUGCAAACACAGAGAGCUUGCUGACGAAGGAGUGCUGUCCCCCCUGGGAUGGAGACGGGUCCCCUUGUGGGGAGCUUUCCCGCAGAGGGUCCUGCCAGAACAUCCUUCUCUCUCAGGCUCCGCUGGGACCACAGUUCCCUUUCUCAGGAGUGGAUGACAGGGAGGACUGGCCCUCUGUAUUUUACAACCGGACGUGUAAAUGCGAAGGCAACUUCAUGGGAUUCAACUGUGGGGAGUGCAAGUUUGGUUUCUCAGGACUCAACUGCACUGAAAGGCAACUGAGAACAAGAAGAAACAUCUUUCAGCUCACCACCAGUGAGAAGGACAAGUUUCUUGCCUACCUUAACUUGGCAAAGAACACCCCUAGCCAGGACUAUGUUAUUGCUACUGGCACGUAUACUCAGAUGAACAAUGGCUCCAACCCUAUGUUCACAAACACCAACGUGUAUGAUGUCUUUGUGUGGAUGCAUUAUUAUGCCUCUCGAGACACACUCUUAGGUGGGUCCAAUGUGUGGCGGGACAUUGAUUUUGCCCAUGAAGCCCCUGGUUUUCUGCCUUGGCAUCGGGUCUUUCUGCUGAUGUGGGAACGUGAGAUCCAGAAGAUAACAGGUGAUGAGAACUUCACCAUCCCCUACUGGGACUGGCGAGAUGCAGAGGACUGUGUGGUCUGCACUGAUGAAUACAUGGGUGGCAGACAUCCCACCAACCCUAAUUUACUCAGCCCAGCGUCAUUUUUCUCCUCGUGGCAGGUAAUUUGUACUCGGUCUGAAGAGUACAACAGCCAACAGGCUUUAUGCAAUGCCUCAAGUGAGGGGCCUAUACUGCGAAAUCCUGGGAACAAUGAUAAAUCAAGGACCCCAAGGCUCCCAUCCUCAGCUGAAGUUGAAUUUUGCCUAUCACUGACUCAGUAUGAAUCUGGACCCAUGGAUAAAAUGGCCAAUUACAGUUUCCGAAACACUUUGGAAGGCUUUGCUGAUCCACGGACUGCAAUAUCAAACAUAUCUCAAAGCGGUUUACAUAAUGCACUUCACAUCUACAUGAAUGGCUCCAUGUCUCAAGUACAAGGCUCUGCAAAUGAUCCUAUCUUUGUACUACACCAUGCAUUUGUUGACAG